GUUAGGGUUUUGUUUAUCCAAGUUCUUUCUCAUUUGUUUCUUGCAAGACAAGAAACAUUUUUAGAUACAAAGACUUCCGGGUGUUCUUUUUAUGUACAUCUUCUUCCUUGUGUGCGUUCUUCUUUCUGAAACAAAACUUCGCAAACAUCGUUCUCUCGUAAUGACGGAGCUGAAACCCGGCGUUCUUUUCAAGCUUUUAGAAGAAAUGGGUGUCGGAAAAGUUCGGAGAGACGUUGAUUUCAGACCGGUUUUGUUGCAGAUAAGAAGCAUAAUCCCAUUUUUACCGUCAGGAGGGUUGUGGCCGAGCAAAGGUUUCUUCUUGAGAAUAUCGGAUUCGACGCAUUCGAUGUAUGUCUCGUUGCCCCGAGAGGAGAACGAUCUUGUUCUUACCGAUACGUUGCAAAUCGGGCAACUGAUAUUCGUCGAGAAACUCGAAUUCGCUUAUCCAGUCCCUACGAUCAAAGGAAUAAGGCCAACACCAGGCCGGAGGCCUUGUACUGGCGAUCCUAUCGAUCUCAUACCGAAAGAAAGGAUCGAGAAAUUCUGCGGUAUAUCCGAUAGUUCGUCGAAGCCGCCACCUAACAAACCGAACCACCAAGUGAAGAGGCCGAGGAGAACAAGAUGGCACUCGCCAAGCAUCUCCGAGAUUCAACUUGAUGAUUUCGGGUUUUCAAAUAACCUUUCGAGGGUAUUGGAGGACGAUACCGAAUCCAUGGUCACAAAUUCCUCGUCCUUAUCGUUGUCGAGGCGAAGAAGUAGUAUAGGUUUACCAGAACACACGAGGAGACGUGAAUCGUUGGAGCCGAUGAUGAUUAAGCGUGACACCAAACGUAUAUCUCGCGGAAGUUCAACUGUAAGCGCAUCACCGUCUCCUUCUCCACGUUAUGGUACUAUUAACAGUAAGUCGAGUGUUCGGACGGGGAGAAGAGAAGUGACCGCAGAAUCUCCGAGAUGGGCAAAUAGUUCAAGUCAUGGGAGUAAGAGUAAGACGCAUCUUUCAUCGUCCAGAAGCAACGCCGAGUCUUCUAUUCCGCCUAAAAGCGGCUUGGAAUCUCCGGGCUCGAUAUCGAGAAAAAGAAGCUGGACCGAAACAUCGAUUCUAUGGGAUUCACUUCCUCCCAAAGUCGUAAAUCUCGGAAAGGAAGUUCUAAGGCAAAGAGAUACCGCUCUUCACGCCGCCGCCGAGGCUUUACUACAAGCUUCCGCCGCCGAAAGAUUGCUCAAAUGUCUAAGAUCAUACUCAGAGCUUCAGACAGAAGAAUUCCACAAUCAAAAUCCAUCAAUCGGCGAAUUCUUCAGUUUCCGAGACGAUUUAUGCAAGAGCAUGCAGAUAACGAAGACGUUAUCCGGAACAUCCGACGCCAAUUCCGACACGUUAACUUUACGGAACGAUAGACGCGAAAAGGCGAGUCUAUGGAUCAAAACAGCAAUAGCCACGGAUCUGAACCCGGUGUCUUUACCAGGAACCAAACCAAAUCAAACACCUGAGAAAAAGGCCAUCUCCCUAAUCUCUCGGAACGACAAUAACAGCGAGGAAACCGAAAAAUGGGGUACAAGAAAGGAGUAUACAUUGAGUAAAACAGUGUCGGAACUCGAGAGCUGGCUAAAGAACGAAGAGAGAGGAUGGUACUUAGGCCAUGUAGAGAAGUAUCUUGAUGAGAUUCAUAGUGCAACGAGGUGGAAAGACAUGAACAGCAGUAGAAUGGCGGAGACGAUGCAUAGGAUAAAGCGAGUGAGUGAUUGGUUAGACGCCAUGGACAAAGGAGGCGAGGUUAUGACAGAGACAGAAGCAGAAGCUUGUAAGAGAGUGAAGAACAAGAUUUAUAGAAUCCUUUUGAAGCACGUCGAGACAACAGCUUCGCUAAGUCAGAGAAAAUAGUUCACAACAACAAAAAGUCUUUUCUACUUUGGCGUUUUUGUUGUAGGAUAGACUUUUUGGUUUUGUCCGUACAAAACUGUUUUCAAAGGAAUCUUGAUGUUCGGUUCGGUUCGGUUUGAUUUGUCUAUGUUCGGUUUUAAUUUUCGGGUUUUAUUAAGGUAAUAUCAAAAAACCUUUUUUUUUCCAUUUUGUCAAAUGGAAUCUUUGUUUCUGUUUGUAAUUUUUUUGG